ACUACCGGCGCCAUUUAUGUCCGUUUUCCAUAGCAACCGGUGACGCCUCCUCCUGAUUGGCUGCCUCUACAUCCCGUGUUUACUGUGAUCAGGCCUCGCUAGCAGCAGAUGCUAUUUUAAACCUCACCUCCUUCGUGAGCGGUGGAUUAACAAGUACAAUUUAGAAAAGGAGUAAGUCAAUAACAAGAUACUUGGCUUUCGGCGAAGGGAUUUAAUAAAUAUAAGGAGUAGUCACGGAUAAAACAGCUGUUAGUAGCUGAACAGGCUCCAUCUGCUGCUGAGAGAGUAGCUGUGUGGGAUUAAUAACACAACAACAACAACGUUAACUGGAUGUGAGGCGACUCGUUUCUCCUCCAGUAAUAAAGACUAGUUAGUGGUUCUUCUGCUGAGUCUUCAGGAUGCUCCGGGGAUGGACAUCUGGACGACAUCUCUAAUGAUCAGAGCAUCUCAGUGUACUUAAAGACAGAAAGAGGACCUGAACGUGACGUCCUGGUGAUAUGAAUGUUGAGGCUUCUUUACAGUCACAGCAUAGCUGCAUCUUCUGGGAUGGAUCACAACAACCCAGAGAUACUGAAAGAUCCUGGUGGAGAGCCUGGUCUGACAGCAGACCGGGACAAUUCGGAGUCAUUCUGUCCAGAAAAGGAGCAGAUGAGAUGCAGUUCCUGCGUGGUGACCGAGGAUCUGUCCACUAACGGUUCCUGGUCACAGAGGUCCAUCUCCCGUUCCUUGCAGCGAGCUGAGACUUUACUCAGAAGCACCUUUAAUCCCAGCCUGAAGUGGCUGUUCCACGGCCGCAUUCAAGACGAGGAAGAGGCAGAGGGGAAUUUCGUAGUCGCUCACAAUCUGGUGUCCCGGUCCUCCGCGCGUCUCCUGCGUCUGCAGCAAGCUCUCCUGAAUGUGGCGCCCCAGUGGCAGCCGGUCGGCAGGGCACAGAUGGGAUCUCCCCAGGUGUGUGUUAAAGGCCUCCCAGCAGAGGGGGGUGUUGUCCUCCUGCCCUCCUCCUCCUCCUUCCUGCAGGGGCACUACACAGCUCUGUGGAGGCUCCUUGAGCAGCGAUCCCUGCUGCUCUUCAUACACGAGUACACCAGGAGGGCUCGCCUAGCAGCAGCGUACAUAUCCAGAGUGAGCCACCUGCUGGAGGAUCAGCGGAAGAAAUCACACCUGACACUUUACCAGACCCCGUCCAGUUGGUCUUCAACCAGGGUCGGUCUUUGCUCGCUGAGUCAGGAGCUCCGGGUCCAUCUCAACCACUGGUCUUGUCUGUUCUCCAAAGUCCAGUCCGACCGCUACCUGAGACCUGCUCUGGUCCAGCAGACCGGGCUGCUGGCUGAAAUCAAACAGACUCUGGACCUCCUGGGUCUGCAGGCUCUAGUUUUGAUGGAACAUUAUGUGUACGUCAUUCUGUCUGCUGUAGCCCGGACUGAAUUAGACUCUGUACCGAGAGAAGUCCUGGAGGAUAUUCUAGCUGGUACGGACCUGUAUAACCAGGCGGUGGGAGAGCAGAGAGCACAGCACAGCGCCACCCAGCUGAGGACUGCAGUAUUACAGCAGGCACAUUAUUCCACACUGGAUUCUGUUCUUCCAAACAGCAAAGAGCGUCACCCCGCUGCCUUCUCUGUCAAAGAGCUGAUGGUGAUUUUAGCGGUGCAUCAAGCGGACGUGGCGGCCAAGCAGCUGCACGGCUGGGCCUCCGAGCAGCGCCAUCAAAACUGUCAGGUUCACACCAACUACGAGGCAUGUUCUGAUAACUCUGUUAGUCAGGCGGCCAGGCUCCGCUGUGGGCUCACCUCUGCACUGAGAUCUGAGUGGACCUGGGAGCAGCUGCAGCAGACCUACCUUAUUUCCUCUCCUCUAUUCUCUAAUAAUCAUCACCCCCCUCUACAGUCAUCAUCUCGUCACACCUGCCAUAAAACUCCUCCUGUUUACAUCCCCGACCUUCAGUUGGACAGCUUUGAAAACCAUCCCGUAUUAGCCAAGCCCACCUUCGUCCAACACGGACCAGAGGGCUCGAACAAAGACCAAACCAGCCAGUGCCAAACAUGCAUAUCCCAGACUGGUCCAGCCCAGACCAGUGUGGAAGCUUUGGACUCCAUCCAACCACCAAAUCUAGAAAGACAGACCAGUUUAGAAAACUGUAAACUACCGCAGACCAUUUCACCCCCUUCACCCGCCGUCCACCAUCAUCUCUCAGCCCCGCCUCUGUCGGGGGUUUGCCAACAGGACCAUUCCUCAGUAGAGCUUCUUUUUCAGGUGCUAGUUUCCUCCAAUGACCUGCUGGCUCCACUAGUGUCACACACACCUACACCAGAGGCACCGACUGAACAGCUGCUUCCAAAUACAAUGACAGAUGUGUUGUCACCAAAUGGAAAGAUCAUAAAUACAGCCGAUACAGCGGAAUGGAUCAGUCCGAGUACAGAACCGAACAAGUGCCAGAAUGUGGGAGGAACUCAGCAGGAAUGGGCCGAACUGGAAUUAACAACCAGGCAAGAAGCUGCUGUCAGCUCAGGUUUUGGAAGGGAUGGAAACCCAGAGAAGGAGGACAGCGGGGGAGCAGCAGAGGGGACAACGGCGGAGCCAGAUUGUCUUCGUUGGCCUCACUCGGUACAAUGGUUGGACCUCGGUCAGUCGCUGGUGUUUGCUGAUCUGUUUGGACAGUACCGCACCCUGCUGUGGACUCUCUGCAGCAGAGCCCUGUGGCUGCAGCUGCAUGUGCCACAAGCAGGAAACACGGCAGGAAGCAUCAACCUCCAAGACAAACACAGGGGCUUCCAAAUCCUGCACAGGAUCAGUCAAGCUUCAAAGACCGAUCUGGUUCCAGAGGAGUGCAGAACCAUGCUGGAGGACUUCAGUCUGUAUCUGUUAGUCAUCACAGCUCAUGCUCAGUGGGACUAUGUGGUGUGCAGAAGUUUAGGUUCAGCUCUGAAAGAUAAGUGUCUCACAGAAGCGAAUGAGGGCAACAACUCGCUGUCGUCUAAGCAAGAUGGAAACGUGAUGAUGUCCGUGACCAUGGAGCACUUCCUGCUGCUGUCCUCUCCUCUCCUGUCAUCUCUGUGCUGCCAUCACUCAAACAGCAGGGCCUCAGGUUCUUUUAGCCUCUUCCCCUCCAGGCUCACUCUCCAGAGACAGACUGUUAGCUUGGCGUUAGCCACAGUGCAACUGUCUUCAGUCUGGGUCAUGUCCAAGGCUUACCAGUUCCUCUCCUCAUGGAACCUCAACAAGUUCCUGCUCAUCACACAGGGAGACCUCAAAGUGCUGAGAGAGUCAGUAGAGACGAUUGUGCAUCAGACGAAGUCCCUGAUGAUGAACUCAGAUAGUAACCAACAGUCCACUCUUCAUAACCACGGCCAGCUCCUGCUGAGGCAGCAACUCAAAGCACUCGACGGGGCCGUGUCCGAGCUGCAGAUCUUCUCUUCUCUGGUGCUGAAGACCUUCUCCAGUGACUGCAAGAGGAUGUCGGGGGAAAUCUUUGAACAGACCAUGCCUCCUGCUGCACACUGGAGACCCAGCCUCAGGACAGGUUGUCCCAGCAGUCCCAGUGAGUAUGCAUCUCGGGCAGCUCAGACUGUGAUUGGUCAGGUUUUAGAGGGUGUGGCACCGUUGUCUGAUGAUGCCCGUGUCCAGGCUCUGAGUAUAACAAUGACAGCUUUCAUGGAGGCAUGGAUGGAACACAUCCUGAAACAGAGGAUCAAAUUCAGUGUGCACGGAGCUCUCCAGCUGAAGCAGGACUUUGAUUCCAUCAGAGAGUUGAUCCAGUCAGACAGAUACGGUCUGUCAGCUGAACUCCACCAACGAUUGCUCAACCUCCGGGUUUUUCAGCAAGUGGACUCAGCAGUGGUGUGUCUGCUCCAGCAGCCACAGGCCAAACCAUACCUGCCGUCCAGAGCCUGGAAGCCUUUCACACGCUGCUGUCCAGCCAACAGCAGCAGAGACAGCCUCGAUGCAGCAGUGGGGAGCAGUAUAACCAACCUGGGGUGUAUGGAGGGUGAAGACCUGACUCAGUCUGACCCCUCAGUUGUGACCACUGACCUCCCUCCAGUGAACCCAUCCAGUCCCGGAGAGCCCUACCUCGCUCCAAGUCAAGCUCUGGGUGUUGCUCAGCGGGAAUGGUUGGACCUGAGGAUCCACAGCAGCGCUCGUCGCUGGAGGCUGCCGGGACUGCAGUGUCUCUCUAAGUCUGAACCCUGAACACACAGACACUCAUGUCACAUGGAUCUCUCUGGCUCUUUGGUUUAGUGUCAACAAACAGUGUAAAAGAAAAGGAAAUAUCCAGUAAAAAUAUAUAUAAAAAAAACAUUUUUAUUCUUGUUGUUUAGAGAGUGUAUAUUUUUGUAAAAAAAAGAAUGUGAUACAUCUGGAGGUUACUUUUGACUGAUGUAAAACUUUAUUUAUUUAUUAAUUUAUCUAAAAAAUAUUUCUAUUAAUUAACAAAAAUAUUUGUUUUACAACUUAUCAGCAAACAUAUUUUUAUAUUCCUGAAUAAAAUACAUGACUCAUCA